GACGCGGUCCGUUCCGCCGCGCCGCCACUGUUCGACAUGCGCUACAAGUCGCUCAUCAGCCUGGUGGCGGCGUUCGACACGCUCGACUCGAGCACGUCGGGCGACAAGGGCUCGGGCGACUCGGCGCGCUCGGCCGCCGUCCGCAGCCGGCUGCUGGAGACGAAGCCGAACAAGCUGACGCGGCCGCGCUCGCUGACCAGCCUGGUGUGGGACCUGCACCAGCCGGCGCCGGACAUGUUCGCCAAGCCGAGCAUCAUCGCCGACCACGAGCGGAAGCUGCGGCUCGAGCCGGGCGUCUACACGCACCGCAGCCACAACAUCCUGCUCAACAACAAGUACAACAACCUGAAGAAGAUCGGCACGCUCUACUUGUGAAGCCGGUCCGAGCGCGCCACGUGAUACCCGCCGGGGGCCAUGGGCGGCAGUCGCCGGUCGGUUACCGCUGCUGCCGACCGGUCAAAACGGGACCCGGCGCCGA